AUGCGCUUGUACGAGAUCGUUGUGUUGGUCUUGGCCCUCUGUUUGGUUAAGUACACCAAAGCUGAAAGCGAGACGGAUGCGGAAACCUUGAGAGGUGAAGAAACAUUAGCGAGGGACGCGAAUCUCGACAGCAUCGCUUAUCUGAAGGAAGACCCAGAAAAAGUCGCCGAAGAAGACCCAAAGAUACCAACAAAGCGAGACGCCGAGGAAGAUUUCGGAGAACACCGGGUGACUCGUGGGUUUCGUGACAUUCGUUUCACUAUUAGCUUUCCUACAAACAACAUCUUGAAAAUAUUUCACAUUAAAUACUGUUUCCGACGUAGCUGCUAUGGUAAGCGUAUAUUAGUUAUAAGAUAUCCUUCAUUGGUCCUCUUUUGCAAGAAUCUUUUGACCAAAAGUUUUUGUGUUAAUAAUAUUGUUCAAUGUAUCCUCCCUCGAAUUUUAAUUAGUAGCUGCACAUUCCUGUGAAUGUGGCUAAUUUUGUUUAUUUUCCGUCCGUCUGUUUUGGAGAAGAAUGGUAUCUUUCUGUGGUAAUUCUUUUAUAAAUUUACUAAAAAUUGAUUGAUUGAUUGAUUGAUUGAUUGACUAAAAAAUUGAUUGCCUGAUUAAUGAAACGGAAAACCGACUGAUUAAGUCGAUAACCAAACCAUACACGUAGGACCUUACGUUUUAAUCUAAGAAUUAAAGGUUUAAAAGGUAGAAUAGUUCUCAAAUCCUCUGUAGAACUAUGAUUUAAAAUAAUUAUUUCCCUCUGAAUUUCUUUCUUUUCAGUGCCAGGCCUGCGUCAUGGGUUCCUUUCAUAUCGAGUUCUGUACCAAUCAGGAUACGUGGGGAUCAAGAAUUAUCUUUACUAUUUCUGGAACUGCACUCCAAAGAAAUGGAGUGGAAAAUAAGCAGGACCCCUUCCAGCCGCUUUUUUGGAUAAAAUGUGCGAUCAAAUCACCGUUUAUUUUUGUAUACACUACGUAAACUGCUCUGGGCGUUCUCUAGAAUAUCCCGCUAAACUAAAGUUUAUAGCGGAGCUCUGGCGCGCGAAGCGCGCCUGCGGAGCACCAUGGGUAAGUAAAUCUACCCAUCCGAGAAAAUUUGGUAAUCACGUGACCGUACACCGCCCGCAGCCCGCCCUCCCGUCCGUGCGCACCACAGGACAACCAAUGUUCAAUCUCACACUUUCUAACUAGUUUGGUAGCACAGGAAGACUGAUUUGCACACAUAUUGUACAUCAUUGUUGUGAUCAAUUGACAGCUGUCAAAACAGGGUAUCCGCUGACCAGUAUCACCUGACCGUAUCGUGGGCUCAGGUUUCGACCCAUCGAGGUCGAGUAUCUUUUUGAAGUUAUCCGCUCACAAGUUACUAGUUUUCAAAUGAUCGCAGGCUCAAGUUUAAUUUUUUUUUUAUUCAUAUGAAAUAUAUUGUGUUUUAUGUGUCGCACAAUUAAAAUUUUGAUUUCAAACUGACCUCGGAAGCUAAAAUUCAGCCCGUUUUUACAGGCAGGGAAGACAUGCCAGUUGCUUUUGACUUUUCUCACCAAGGUCGCGCGUUGGUCACGCUCUGCGUCCAAUUUUUAUGCUCUGAUUGGUCAAAAUUUGACAGGUAAGUUCAUGCGGAAAAUUUAUGCAGCAUCUUGAAACUUGUUUACUUUGACAGCUGAAGCUGACAGAGUUUUGUGUCUACAUGGGAUGUUUUUAACUGUAUUUCUCCGCUGAAUGUACAAAAUGAAAUUCUGCUGCUAUCAAGAGUCUACUGUUAUUCAUAGCUAGUUUGUUUAUUGGGUUUUUGGUUGAGAAAUACGUCGCUUGUCAAAGUCGGAAAUCGGAUUUCGGAUGGCAUCGUUUUCGUUUUUCACCUUGCUUGACGCGUAAGAGGGUGGAAAAGUUUGAAGCGAUUCUGGCCUUACUUGAUAGUUUUCAGAGCAUCUCGAAUGGUAAGCCUGAGUAAUUAUUGUAUUUGAUGUUUGUUUUUUAUAUGUAAUUUAAUGAAGUCGGGCGUAGUUUAUGCGGCUAUUUAGUUUAUACACGUUUGUAAGAUUUGAGACAAUCUGACCGAGUAUCAGGUUUGAUUAUAAGCUUAUAGAACUUUAAAAAGCCUUUAGACAUUUUCUCACUGCAAAUAGAAAGAAAACGGUCCAAAGAAUAUUUAGUUAUAAUUCUGGCUGUAAAAGAAAGCUUUGAUUUUCUUGCCUCGAGUUCAUCUUUGAAAAAAGCAAACGCCAGGAAGCCGGCUUAAAACAUAAACAAGGAUUUUCAGAGACACUUUUACUUGUCUUCGUGAAUUAAAAUUGUUGUCUCUGUAUAUGUUUCACCGAAUUAUUACCCUUUUAUUGAUUUUUAGUGGUCUCUUUUGCAAUUUUAAUCGCUGUGCCGUUUGUUUUCAGUCGCUCACGAACAUCGCUUGCAGGAGUAGUCAAAAUGCCGCGUGUAUCAAACGCUUUUGAAGAUUACACAUAGUUAUAAAACCGUUAAAUAAACAACUAAACAUAAUAAAUUUUUUAUUAUGUUAAAGCGUAUAACUCUAUUGACCUUGAUUUAAACAGUAGACUUUGGCGCUUGUCAAAAGUGAGAACCGGCAAGCCGUAUAGGUGAUUUUAGAAAUUUUUUUAACGGUUCCGGUAAAAGCCCACGCGUACUUCGAUCGACCUGAAUGUUGAAUGAGUACAAUUUGUAUUGCAAAAUUGUGAUCUGUCCGAGGUCUGUAUGAUGUAUAAAAAGUAUAAAAGGUUGGUUUACACGUCUCCAGACUUGUUAGCAAGAUUUUGUAAAAUAAAUUGUAAACUUGUCGAACGCAAAAAAUUGGGCCUGAUUUGUUUUCCGAUAAUUUGUUUUCCAGGCCUAAUCUACUGUGAUCAAGAGCCAUUUUUAUGGCUCUUGAAUGUGAUCGAAGAUGAUUGCUAUUUUUUGGGUGUACAUAUAAGGCUAUCAACUCGAUAUAAGAUUAAGUUCACUCUUAGCUUGGACUGUUUGCAAAUUAUUUUUCUCUAAAAUCACUUAGCCUUUCCCUCAAAAGUCACAUGAAUGUGCUCUAAAGUUAACUGAUUUGUAAAAUACAAUUGCAAGUUUGUUUGAUUUAAAUUAUAAAUUCCAGUUAACAGGAGCUUCGCUUUUAGCCCUGGCUAAAUCUAUAUAUUAUUGAUUUCAGCUGCCUUAUUCGCUCUGCAAGUCACUCGGGGACAGAGGCGGUCUUCUCGCCCGCCGAAGUGACUACACGAGCAGAGGAAGCGGCCGAAUUCGAAAUUUAACGAAACUUUUCCAUUUGACAGAGCUAGCCCGCCUGACAUUUGCCAGACCAGUCAGUUUGAAAAUCUAAUAGGCUUUUUGCGAGGGUUUCUGCUGAAAAACCAUCCCGUUCGAGCAGACUAUUUAGGAUUUGACUGAUCUAGCUGGAGAGUUUUGAUCAAAAGGGAAAUUAUCGUUGCAACGAGACUGGUGUGGCCGGUCAGUCUGACAAUGGAAAGCGCCCUUAAUUAGGUAGCGCUUUAAACAACAUUGUAAAGGCAUAAUAAAAUAAAAAUAAACAUUUAUUUGUUUAAAACGUGUUUUCUUUAUGUUAUCUUUGUUUGUCUUCUGCGUGAAAGCUUUUGUGGUAAGAUCAAAUCCCUUGUAGUCAACUUUUCACUGAUCGAAGGGCUACUUACUGUUUCAUGAUGGGAAUUUUACAUUUUACAUAUUAGGCUGAGAAACGUUUGUUUUCCAAGGAAAUGAAAAAAGGGUCUUAUUUUUUUUAUCCUUUAGGAAUAGGGACCAUGGUUGGCGGUUUUUGCCGAGAUAUUAGCCCGAAGCGUUUUUAUAUUUACGUCAGUUAG